CCGUCGGCAUCUUCCAACCCCCAUCCCAAGCGCUGUUAGAAUUUCCACCUCCUCUGCGGGUCAGAGCGAUAUGACUAUUAUUUAUAAGAUACAAGUUACGCCCUUUUUCUAGCCUGGUUUUAUAGAUCGCACUCCACCUCUUCCAAUCUACCGCUCGAAGCCUUCUCGACCCGCCCUUUCGCCGCCAAAGGGCUCUGACGAGAAGGCCAUAACCCACCUCUCCUUCCUCCCAGAAACCCUAAUUAAGGUUUUCUCGGCCUCUCCAACGAUGCCGUCGCCCUUGUCUUGCGCCAGGCUGACGGCUUGGACAGUCGCUGCUGUCGCGCUUCAGAUCCUCGGUCUCUCGCUAUUUGUGUUCGGAUUCUUUCCCGUUAAACCCACUCUCCGCGGAUUUAGUGGUCUGGAGAGUUAUCGAAUGCCAACUUGUAAUUCCACUUCGGAUGGUAAAGAGACGGAACUUCCCCCGGAUCAGCUUAGAUCGUUGUAUAAGGAAAUAUCUAAAAUACCUCCAUCAUAUGAUCGAUUGAUAUUGAUGGUCAUUGAUGGACUACCUGCUGAAUUUGUAUUGGGAAGAGAUGAGAAGCCACCAAAUAAGGCUAUGAUAGAGGCAAUGCCAUAUAUGCAAUCUUUAUUGACCAAUGGAAAGGCAACAGCUUAUCAUGCAAAAGCUGCACCUCCUACAGUUACCAUGCCUAGGUUAAAGGCAAUGGUUUCUGGUGCAAUUGGAGGUUUCUUGGACGUGGCACUCAAUUUUAACACUCAAGCUUUUUUAGAUGACAAUCUUCUUGAUCAGUUCUAUCGCAUUGGUUGGAAAUUGGUGAUGCUUGGUGAUGAGACUUGGAUCAAACUGUUCCCUAAAUUAUUUACUAGACAAGAUGGAGUGAGCAGUUUUUAUGUGAAAGAUACAGUUGGAGUUGAUCUUAAUGUUUCUCGUCAUCUAGAUGUCGAACUUGCUGCCGAAGAUUGGGACUUUCUGAUUCUUCAUUAUCUAGGCUUGGAUCAUGUUGGUCAUAUCGGUGGACGUCAAAGUAUAUUGAUGGCCCCAAAGCUGAAGGAGAUGGAUGAGGUUAUUAAGAUGAUUCACGUGCGCAAUAUUCUGUAUCAAGGCAAUGCUACUAGUCGCACUCUUUUGGUGGUAGUUAGCGACCAUGGAAUGACUGAUGGAGGGAAUCAUGGAGGAUCCUCGUAUGAAGAAACUGACUCGUUGCUUCUUUUUAUUGGCCUAGGGUCUAAAGGCUCAAAUUAUUCUCCCUAUGCCCAUAAAGCUUUCCAAGUAGAUAUUGCACCAACUUUAGCUCUUCUAUUUGGAGUUCCAAUUCCAAAGAACAACAUAGGAGUUAUGCUGCCGAAGAUGCUUGAUUCUUUGACAGAUGAGCAAAAGUUACGAGCAUUAGAGUUGAAUGCGUGGCAGUUAUUAAGAUUAUUGCAAGCACAUUUACCCGGUUUACUAUGUGGAGAUUUGCGUUGUGGUGGUGAUGGACAAAGUUUGCAAAUUAAUGGAUCUACAGGCAGGAUUAAGGAAAAGUUCUGUCAUUUAUUUUCAAAAGCAACAGCUGCUCAUAAUAUGUGGCAACUUCGUCAGGGUUCCAGCUUCACAUCUAAUACUGAUGACCUAAGGAUCGCUGUUGAAUCUUAUUAUGAUUUUCUAAGAAGUGCCAGUGAAUGGUUGUCUCGUAGAGCCACUGAUAAACCCAUCAACUUGCUUCUGUCAGGAAUUGCCAUUAUGCUCAUAUCAUGUUUUCUUCUGCUGAUUCUUCUAUUUUUCUUGUUAAGAGAAGUUUAUUUUACCCAAACAGAAUCCUGUUCUCAACUGAAAGAGUCUAGACGAAGCUGCCAUAUUGAUGAAAUUUUUGUUUUUAUUGGGAUCAUAAUCCAUGUUCUCAGUUUCACUUCAAGCUCCAUGGUGGAAGAAGAGCAAUAUACAUGGCAUUUUUUGACAUCCACACUGCAUUUGUUGUUUCUCUUUUCGGCAAUCCAAUUGCUUUUCAAAAGACAAGCAUCAAAGAGAAGAGAGGAAGAGCUUACUCCCCAUCAAUCAUGCAUUAGUGUUGCAAGCAGUAUUCCCAUGAUUAACAAUGAAAAUUAUAAGAUAUCCUCUGUUCUUGUUGUUCUCUUUUGUGCGAGGGUUCUAAGAGGCUGGCAUCAAGGUGGAGUGAACUGGGUUCAUCUUCCUGAUGUGUCAAAGUUGCUUGUCCAAGCUGGUUCUUUUAUUAUAAAGGUUCUUCAUAUAAUCUCACUACUUAUUGUCAUGAUGCCGAGUUUAUUUGCCCUUAGCAUAGUAAGAUUGAAGAGAGGCUUCGUUUUUUUAGUUAGUUUGAGCCAUUUUGUGUCUGGAUUCCUGGUCUUGCUGCAUAUCAUAGAAAAUCAAAGCGAUAAUAUGGUGCCAAUCAAUCAAAGUGCUGCCUCAAUAGCUCAGAUCUUUUAUAUCAACAUUGGGAGUACGGUGAUGUUGACUGUAUUAGCAUCACCAUGGGUUGUACCUAUUCCUUGUCAGGAAACCCACAUGAUGACACAAACUAGCUUGAACUGCCAUUCCACCAAUAUGAGAAGUGAUUCUCUCCUGCUGGGUUUUCAAGAUUGUACAUACAUGAUUGGCACAACAUAUGUUGCCUCUUGGUGCCUUCUGCAACUUCUUCUGCAGCAGCCAAUAAAUGCUAUACCUGUUUUACUGAUUUUCUUGCAAUUAUUAGCCUGCAUGAUCUAUUUUUCAAUUGACGGAUCACAUCAUAAGCAGUGCGUUGAGGUUGCUUCCAUCUAUUUCUUAGGAAUGGCAGGUCAUUUUGGUCUUGGGAACAGCAACAGCUUGGCUACAAUUGAUGUUGCUGGAGCAUUUAUAGGUAUCUCAAGUUACUCAACAGUGCUUUCUGGAAUUUUAAUGUUCAUGAUUACCUAUGCAUCACCAAUGUUAUCAUUUCUCAGCAUGGUGAUGUAUAUAUCUAUGAAAAAUACGAGAUAUUUCUCACUUCCAAAUAAAUCGAAGUGGAGCUGUAUGCUUGAAAUGAAGCUUGCAUUUCCAUGUUUGCUUCCCCUGGUCCUUAACUCAGUUGUGUUGACUGCGUUCACCAUUAUAUUGCUGCUCAUGAGGAACCAUUUGUUUGUUUGGAGUGUUUUUUCACCAAAUAAAAUGGUGACAGGUACCUGUACAUUUGUGCUGCUACUGUGUGUGUCUACAUUGGAGUAUUCAUAAUAGCUACAACAGGAUUUUACACUUCCAUUGUGUUAUCUUUUAGAACAAAAAGGCUCAAGCCAGAGGUUCACAAUUUUUUAUUCAAAUUUCAAUGAGGGCAAGCCUGGUGUAUCCAUCUUCUUAGCAAGGAGUAUCCCAAAAUUAAAUUCAAGAGAAAAGAGCAAUUUUUUUUGUCAUACCACAAAGAACAACAUAUAGAUGAAGUUUUCUGCUGAAGCUUCUUUCUGAAAUACAGGUUCUACUUCCAAAAACUUGGUAUCUAUUUUUUUCCUUCCUUUCUUUUCCUUGAGAAAGUAGCCACUGGUUCAAUUUUUUGCGCAUACUCAAGAUGUCUGCAUGCUUAGUUUUGAUGCUUCAUAUUAUACACUCGAUGAUCAGAUCAGAUGUGAUGGUAGAGAUGCCAUCACUCAGAAAGUUAUCAUAUUGUUAAAUGGGACAAAUAAUGAUACAAUAUAAUCAGUUGGUGGUGAUACUUUUUUGUAAUUUUUGGUGCUUGUAAGAGUCGAGAUUUAGAAGAUGCAUGCCCCUUAAAUGCUAUGAGCCUGAUGCAGUCAUUUUUGCCAUUCUGUUACUUUUCAGAUUAGCUGAUCAUCAUUGAAGAGUUGGACCAUUUUAUUCCAGUGCUUGCAACUGCAUAUUCUUCAGAGAUUUAAAAUACAGAUUGACAUUGGUAAACAAUCGGGAUGAGUUUCAUCAAAAAAACAAGGAACUUGUCAAUUGUUAAAAAAACGUUUUGGCCUUCCUUUGUCGACAAUUGUUCUGGACCAUCAAAAUAUUUGAGGAACAAACCCUACCAUAUUGCGUACCAUCCAAUACCAAGGUACAUGUCAUGGUAUGUACCAUGCUAUACCACCGUAUGCCAAGGUACAUUUCAUGGUACAUAUGGUGCUGUACUGCCUUAAAUUAGCAAACCAUGAGCAGAUAUGAGAUCAUAACAUGGUGCAUACCAUUCCAAUACAUGGCUGGUAUGACAUCAUUGCUUAACUUCAAAACAACGGAGGGCCCCUAUAAUUUAUCUAGAAUGCUAUCUUUCAUGAACUUCUCUUGGAACCUUUAGGUAUCCUUUGAUUUCUUAUGCUUAUUGGAAUGUUCUUUUGCAGAUAGUGAGAUGUAUAUGCUAGCUUUGUAGAAAUAUCAAUUGGUGCAUUACAUCUUGCUCUGUUAAAUCAAGAUCAUAAAAGGGAAGAAAAGGUAUCCCUUUAUGUUGUCUGAGUGGAGGCAAGUCUUGGAAGUGUAAUGUAGCACGAAUCAGAGGGUCUUCCAGAUCAAACAGGUGAAAGGUGCUAUAAAUAAUAAAAAAAAUGAAGAGGAAGAGGAAGAUGAUGAAGAAGAUAUUAGCUUCUGUAAGCCAUAACUUUUCUCAUAAAUAUUGGAUGUUGCUGAACUCGGAAUCAUUGGGAUGAACUUUCAGAGAUCUGCACGUGACAAUAGCAACUUGUGUCUAGUCCUACGUUUUCAAGGUCAAAAAUUGACUUCAAAGUUUUAGUUGCAGUUCAUUGAUGAAUAUAUUCUUUUUUUGGUACUAUUAGCAGAAUGCCUUUGGAACUAGUCUAGGUAUUAAAAAUUUUCUAGGGUUAGUGUUGUUGGGGAUUGAUAUAAAUAGCUAGCAUGACUAUAACUAGAUUAUUUUGUGACAUUAGUAUCAUAUAUUGAUCUUUUCCUGGUGUGAAUUCCAUGGUUCUUUUAGUGUUCA